AUGACUCCACCUACUAUGUUACAAACUGCCCCUACUGAAACUCUCCAUUUGGCACCAACUGCAAAACACCAAAUUAAUUUGAAAUCCAAUGCAGCAAAUGGAGAAGUCAAAUUUGCCGAUUGGGAGAAGUUUCAGUUUGCUCCUAUUAGAGAAUCGACUGUCUCUAGGGCGAUGACUAAGAGAUACUUUGCUGACUUGGACAAAUACACUGAAUCGGACGUUGUGAUUGUUGGUGCUGGUUCUGCUGGUUUGUCUGCUGCAUAUGUAUUGGCCAAAAACAGACCAGAUUUGAAGAUUGCUAUCAUUGAGGCAUCUGUUUCACCUGGUGGUGGCUGUUGGUUGGGCGGUCAGUUGUUUUCUGCUAUGGUGUUAAGAAAGCCGGCUGAUCAAUUUUUGGACAACUUGGGUGUCGCUUACGAGGAUGAAGGUGAUUUCGUUGUUGUUAAGCACGCUGCUUUGUUCAUGUCAACUUUGCUUUCAAAAGUUUUGCAAUUUCCAAAUGUCAAAUUGUUUAACGCUACCGCUGUUGAGGAUUUGAUCACCAGGCGUGAUGAGUCCAAUGGUGAGUUGAGAAUUGCCGGUGUGGUCACCAACUGGACAUUGGUUGCUUUGAACCAUGACACUCAAUCAUGUAUGGAUCCAAACACCAUCAACUGUAACGUGGUAUUGUCCACAACUGGUCACGAUGGUCCAUUCGGUGCCUUCUCCGCCAAGAGAUUGGAGGAAUUAGGAAAAGCACCAAAAGAUAUUACUGCUGGAUUCAAACCAAAUAGUGAAAAGCAGCCAUCACAAGCUACCAACUCUGCAUCUGGUUUCGAAUUGGGUGGCAUGAGAGGUCUUGACAUGAACAAGGCGGAAGAUGCCAUUGUCAAGGGAACUAGAGAAAUUGUUCCAGGUUUGGUGAUUGCAGGUAUGGAGUUAGCCGAAGUCGAUGGCUCCAACAGAAUGGGACCUACUUUCGGUGCCAUGGCUCUUCUGGGUGUCAAAGCUGCUGAAUCCGUGUUGAAUGCUAUUGACGUCAGACAAAAGCAAAAUGAAACUUGCUACGGCGGUUUGAAAGCUUAG